AUGCUACGAAUAAGAACAAAGCUAUUAUAUCCACACGUACGAAGAGGACUCCAUCAAAGUUUUUAUUGUCUUAACGAACCGCUUUCACCAGCUCCAUCUAAUAAUUUAAUUGGUAGAUUUAAAGAAGAGGAAUCAGUUUCCAGUAUCAAAGAACUCAAGAUUUUUCAUGCUGUAUUAAAUCAUCUAAAGGAUAAAAAGGAUCUCAAGACGGAGACUUCAACAAAUCUCUCAAAAAAGAUAUCCAAUGUGUUGUCUGAGCAUAAAGAUCCUGCGGCGAGUGCUCCAUCAGGGUUUCAACUUGUCUUCGAAAAAGGGAAAGAUGAUAUAGUGGAACCAGAAGAUAGAAAGCUUUUAGAGUAUUAUCAGAAACAACUGUCAGAAUCUACACAAGUCACUAGAUUGACAAGAGAUGAUAUUAGAGAGGGAACAUAUGCUAGUGACGAGACUAUACAUACGAAAGAAGCCAACCAAUUAAGCGAACAAUCUUUAGAUGAGCUUUCAAUAAAAGUAAAUGCCAUGGAAAUACCGUUGUAUGAUAUGGAUAUGAACAGAGAUAAAUUGGAAAAAUUAAGGGCCAAAGAGAGAUAUAAAGCUGCCUUGGAGACUGUAAUGAGACCAUACAUCAGACAUUUACAGGAGAAAAUUGAGACAGACUAUGACUUGCUGGAACAAGCAAAAUUCCUAUUGAAGGCGUAUCUUGAUAGGAAUAAAGAAUGGGAUAACACUUCAGGGAGAACGAAACCAUUGGAGUUAAUUGAACAAAUUACCAAGAAUUGCGUGAAUUCUCCCAAUGAACUACCCGAACCGUAUGGAACAACAAUACCGUACACAUUAAUCAAACUGCUAGACUCCAAAGAAUUUGCCUUCCCAAUGGAGCGUAGGUACACAGUUGCCUCUUAUAUCUACAAACAAUGUAAGCAAUCAUCAGAUAUUUCAUUAUACCUGAAUAUUUGUAAUGUGGAAUUCUAUAAUAUAUUACUGGAGUUGACCUGGGCGAACUUUUAUCAAGUGGAAAAAUUGAAACAAUUAGUUACUGAAAUGGGAAUUAAUGGUAUAGUGGGAGAUAUAUAUACGGUGGGGAUACUAGACAAGAUUACUAAUGAAGUAGAUUUAAUGAAUGGAGAUGAAGAUUUGUCAAAUGACGCACAAAAUCGAACGAUGAGUACGAUCGUAUGGUCGAAGGAUACUUCCAUGGAUCUAAUGGUCAUCCAAAAUUAUCUGCAAGGGUUGAAGAGGUUUAUCAUAGGCUGA